GAGGAACAGAGGCGGAGGGAGGGGCAGGAGGGUACAAAAACUGGUUAAACUUCUCUCAAACACUCACUCCGUAGAGACACGCUCAGACUUUUUGGGACUAUGGCCUCGGGCUCGUCCACAGGCGUGAUGCCGACAGGGGGACGCAUUUUCAGCACCGUCCCAGACAUCUUCUUCAUCCCGGAGUUUGUGUUCGGGGGUCUGGUCUGGAUCCUCGUGGCCUCCACUCGGAUCGAAGCUCCAAAUCCUCUGGGCUGGGUCAUGUUUGUUUCCGUUUUCUGCUUCAUCGGGACGACUCUGUGGUUCUUCAUCUUUCUGUGUGGAGCCAAUCAGAGCAGCAUCUGGCCAGGACUGGACACAGGCUUUCAUUUCGUGGCGAUCGUGUUUUACCUCAGUGCGUCCGUGAUUCUGGCGUUCUCCACUUUAGUAGCAGCGGCCAACCUCGAGGCGGCGGGCGUGGCCGGACUCCCCACGGACCUGCUCUUAAAAAACUACAGGCUGGACAUCUCAGCAGUGGUGAUGUCUUAUCUGGCCACGCUCCUCUAUUUCCUCCACGCCAUUUUCUCUGCCCUGCGAUGGAAGAGCUCCUAGAAGUACACGAUAACACAACGGCAUUUUUCUUGUUUAAAUAUUAUUAUUAUUAUUUAGUCACGCCUUUUCUCCAGAGUGGAUUAUUUGCAUUUUUAUGUAAUCAAAUAAAACAAACGUCAGUGUGAUUCCCUCAGUCUGAUCCAGAGUAAAAGAAACAGAGUGUUCCUUCCUCUAUCUAUUUUUUUUUACAGUUAUUCUAUAUAUUUUUGGCUGUAAAACCCCUCACCACACACUUUAUACACUUUUCUCACACAGGCGUUAACAUUUUCUCACGUUUCUCUCUCGUUUAAACUCUCUCAAAGUUCAAACCUUCGUAGACGCCUUGUUCGGAGCAGAAAUGUGAUUCGCUUUUGUGGAGAUUAACAAAAAACAGAAGUGAAUUUCUGUUGAUAUUCGAUAAAUCAUUUCAUUUUUCAUACAAAUCAUAAACAUAAUCUUGAUUUUUUUUGUUUUUUUUAUAUUGGCUGUAUCCGAAUGUCAACACUAUUCCCUACAGGGGGCGCCAUUUAUGAGGCCACAGCCAUUUUUAGUGUUGUCCAAAUGUCCAGUUAGUGAGAAAACAGUGCGUUCAAACUAAAACACAACUCAAAAAAGUAGAUAGAAGCGCAUUUAUGUACAUUUGUCUGGAAAAAAAAAACAUGCAAAAUCCGCGAAAACAGUGAAACCGUGAAAGGUGAACCACGAUAUAACGAGGGACAACUGUAUAUAAAAUCCGCUAAUUGGACAAAACGUUGUAGGAGUGAAGACGUUUUGCUCUUCGUUCUUCAGUUCUGGUCAGAUUUCUGCUGGACACUGCCUUAUAUUUAUCUAAAAAGGGACAAACUAACUACGCUGAAACUGGACGAGCAGCGAAACGACUUCAACUCCUACAACUUUUUGUCCUUUUUGGCAGGUUUUACGCUUUUCUUUUACUCUUUUACUAAACUUCUUUCAAUAUAAUCACACGUGGAACAACUGAGGAAUUACACAGACGUUAGUUUUGUCGAAUAAAACUAAAUAAAUUGACCGUUAAUUACAUAUAAAGGCAGUAAAAGGGGCUGUUGCGUCUGUGCUCACAUGGAGUUUACAUAACGUCUGAAGUAUGUGUGCAGUGAUGUGAUGAGUAUCAGAAAAAUCAGCGUUUUUUUCUUUUUUUUCUCUCUUAAUGCUCAAUCUUUUAAAUUAAAGUCUAUAAAACAUGUUCUUUUAAAUCUACAGCAUUUCAGAACUUGUGUGUGUUUUUACGCUUUUGUAUCAAACUCCAAAGUCUAAAUAUGUGGGGGCGGGGCUUGAGAGUUGGUCAUGUGACUGACUGUUUACUGUAAACUUGGAACAUAAA